UCGUUACUCUGCCUGAGUCCCUGUCUCUGCUCAGUCGUGGGGAUUUUGAAAAAGAGUUGGUCCUCUCGAUGUAAGGCAUGCUAUGACCGCUUCAUUACUCCUCCACUCGCACUGGAUUGACCCGGUGAUGUUUCUCUACGACAACGGCUUGGAUGACAGAAGCAAGAACAUGGAAGGAUUUACUGGAGGCAAUUUUGCUGCAAACCAGUGCAGGAAUUUGUUAGCGCAUCCAACCUCGCUGGCUCCGAGCACCACCUACGCUGCGAGUGAGGUGCCAGUCUCUGGCAUGGGGGAGCCUGGCAAACAAUGCAGCCCCUGUUCUGCCACUCAGAGCUCGCCCAAUGCAUCUUUGCCUUAUGGAUAUUUUGGCAGCAGCUAUUACCCAUGUAGGAUGUCACACGGCAGCGUCAAGGCUUGCGCACAGCCCUCUGGUUAUGGCGAUAAAUACAUGGACUCAUCGGUCUCUGGUGAGGAGUUCUCGACAAGAGCAAAGGAAUUUGCGUUUUAUCAGGGCUAUUCCUCGGGUCCUUACCAGCCCAGCUACUUGGACGUCCCUGUCGUACCUGCGCUGAGUGCUCCAUCUGAGCCAAGACACGAGUCUCUGCUGCCUAUGGAGCCCUACCAGCCAUGGGCCAUCACCAAUGGUUGGAGUGGUCAAGUUUACUGCACCAAGGAGCAGCCACAGUCAAAUCCCCUGUGGAAGUCCUCUUUACAAGACACUAUAUCUGGUGGAGACAGCUCUGUGCGCCGUGGGAGAAAGAAGCGUGUGCCAUACACCAAGGUGCAGCUCAAAGAACUGGAAAGGGAGUACGCCGCCAAUAAAUUCAUCACCAAAGACAAAAGGAGGAGGAUAUCCGCGCAGACAAACCUGACAGAGAGACAAGUGACAAUCUGGUUUCAGAACCGGCGCGUAAAGGAGAAGAAAGUCGUCAAUAAAUUCAAGAGCCCCAGUUAGCUCUGGAGACACUGAACCAGGAGGUGAAGAGGGCCUUCAUCUUAAAAAAAACUGUGCUAUAAUUUAUUACAUUAUGAACGGUUUCUUUGUCGCCAGAGCGGCUCUGUUUUGACCUACACAUUUCCUUCCUCACAUUUUAAUUGGAACCAGUCGAUGCGGCCUGUUGACAGAAGAUCGGAAAUGGUUUGCAACAUGUUGACCAAGGCGAUUCUGCGAGGGAUGCCUGAUCUCUAAAAUAUUCACUAAACAAUAAGAGAUUUAGGCCUUAAAGGCACAAGACAUCCGGAGAAAUCCUGCGCUUUUAUUCCACUUAAUCCAGCUCUUAAAUUAAGGUUGAAACCUCUGGAAUAAGUUACAAUAUUCAGUUACAAUAUUCGUCUUUAGACAGUGAUGCAGUGGGAAACCAACAAACUGUCACCUUCCGACUGUGAUCAUCACAAUGCAGACAGACUAAAACAAAUAUUUAAUAACAGAAAAUGGAUUUUGAAAAUUAUAUUUUCAGCACGCUUAAGAGAAAAAACAUGUCUCCAUAUUCUGUCUUUGCAGAGUCAAUAAUAUCUUGGGUGUAUACAUAAUUCAAUUAUUCAGCUAUUCUCCACUCCACAGUUUGGAGGCUUAAAGAGUUUACACUUCAUCCUUUCUAUUUAAAAUAAGCCUAUGUUACUCAAACAGCAAGUAUCUGACACGUGAUCAAACUAGCCUGAGCAUUUCAAUAGUUUUGCCCACACUGUGUCCACGUCACUGUCUUUUUUUUUUCCUAAACAGGGUUUGACUCAGAAAAACUCUCCUGUCGAACAGGUUGACCUAUGCAAUUUCUGUCAAGAACAGUAAUCAUAUUUAAACAUGUAAAUACUAUCUGACUGCAACUAUCUAUCCUCCCUUUUUUGACUGCAAUAGCCAAAGUUUUUUGACAAUAAAUGUUUGAGAGAC